AUGGAGGAUCUUAAUGAUUUGAUUUGGGGUUCGAAUGCGACAAAACCUCCGAAUCAAAAAAACAAUAAUCUUCCAUUAAACGCAAUGCGUGGAGGUUCAACUACAAUUCCAACAACGAAAUCAGCAAGCACACCCCUAAAGAAUAAUCUUUCCGCUAAUUCUCCCGUAUAUUUGUCUUCUGCAUCAAACAAUAUUACAUCCACGAACUCUACUUUAAAUAGAUCUUUAAAUCGAUCUCCUUUAAGCCGAUCUCCUUUAAACAGCUCUCCUGCUGAAUCUCCAAAAUUAUCUCCAGCAAAGAAUAAUGCCGAAGCCUUCGACAACUUACUUCCUUUUAAUAAAAAAUCUACAACUUUGACUUUGCAUGAACAACUUAAAUUACAAGAGCAAGAACAACAUCGCAAAGCACAAGAAGAGCGUCAACGAAUUACUAAACAUUAUGAUCAGUUAAAUUUUUGGGAUUCAUUAGAAAGAAAGGGUUCAGGUUCUUCUUCUCCUUUACCACAACCAUCAGGCGACUUAUUUGAUGAUAUUUUGACUACUUCAUCAAGCGAAUUUGGAAGUUUUGAAACUGCUCAAAAUAAUCCUUUGAAGAAUAAGACCCUUUUGACACAAUCAACUCCGUCUGGAAAUAGUAUAGAUAAAUGGGAUACAAAUUUCACGUCUAAUAAUACAACUACUUUUAAGGAUAUUAACCCGUCAUCAUCAACAGAUGAUUUACUUGAUUUUGGAAUAUUUAAUAAACCUCCUAAAUCGACUUCUUUCGCUGCAACAACAAAAGUUGAUGAUGAUAAAAUAGAUCCUUCAGAUAUAUAUCCUAAAUCUGUAAUAACUAACAAAAAAAUUAUCUCUGAAUCUCGUCGAUCUUCUUAUGAUGAUUCAAAAGAUCAUUUAAUUGCUCAAAUUGUCGAAAUGGGGUUUUCUGCUUCUGAAGCUGAAGCUGCUCUUGCUGCUACAGACAGUAGAGAGGAUAUUCAAUCUGCUAUUGAAAUACUUUUUCAACAGCGUGAAGCCGAAGAUCAGCUUCGAAAAAGACAAUUUGAUAAACAUGAUACUCUUAAAACUAAACAAGAUUUAGGUUCAGGGUUUACAUCUCGUGGGCGUUACUCAUCUAAGAGUAGUUCAUUUAGCGUACCAAAACGUAACAUUUAUGGAAAGAAUGUUUCAGAUGGUGAAAGUAGUGAUCGAUCUUCUUCUUCAACUUCUUCAAAUUUUUAUCAAUCGAAAGAAAAAUUUAUUAGUACCGCAAGUGAAUUUGGUUUAACUGCAUUAAAGAAAGCGAGUGCUUUAUAUAAGCAGUCAAAAGAUAAAGUAAAUAGAGCUCUAGUGGAACUUCAAUUACAACAAGAAGAUUCUGAAGAAGAGGGUACAAGAAGGCCAAGAUGGUUAAAAGAAGAAUCUGAUGAUUAUUCAAGCGAAAAAUAUAGUGAUCCUCAUGAUAAAUUUGGUGGAAAGGCUAGUGAUAAACAUGGAGGAUUACAAAAAAUUCCUAGUAGUUGUGAUAAUACUAGUAGUGAAAAUCUCGGUUUAAAUAAGUUUGGGAAUAGGCUUGGUGAUAGAUAUGGUCGAUUGGAAAAAUAUCAUGAUAGUUAUGAAGAUACUAGUAGUGAUGAGGAUCAACCAAUUAUUGAUAGAGAUCAUUUUACUCCAAUAUCUUCGGACUUUAAAAGGAGCGACGAAAAUAAUCACGUAUCUAAUUUCGACCUUAUUGAUUCAAAAAAAUCAAAGUCUCCAAAACCCGCUGUUCCUUCACGUUCUACAAAGCCAAAUAUAAAUUUUGAUAAUUCUUCAUAUGUAUCACCAGCUCGACGACGUCCCAAUAUAAAUUCUUCAUCAUCAAAAGUUGAUGAACCAACUCUGAUAAAUAACACUCCUAAAAUUGUACCAGUUCCUCGACCAAUAAUUAAUGCCUCUCCAGAACAGAUGCGUAAUUCGGAAUUUAACAAAACCAAAGGGAAUGAAGUAUUCAAACUUGGUCAAUUUGAUGAAGCUGAAAAAUUUUAUUCUCUCGCGAUUGAUUGUUUACCUUCAAAACAUAUACAACUUGUUGUUCUUUAUAACAAUAGAGCGACCGCAAAGUUCAAAAAUGGUAAUCAACGCGGAUGUGUUGAUGAUUGCACUUUGGCAAUUCAAUUAAUAGAUGAUUACACAUUACCACCGCCACCAGGGGUUAAUAUAGACCUAAAAACUCAAUAUGUUAAAGCACUUCUUCGUCGUGCUUCAGCUUAUGAAUCAAUAGAAAAGUAUGAUAUUGCUAAAGAUGAUUAUAAAAAAUUAAUGAAUAUUGAUCCAAAUGGCAAUAAACAAGUCAGUGACGGUUUGAGGCGUUGUCAACAAGCAAUCAGUAUGUCAUCGAAUGAAGCGCAGAAGAGUUCAAAUUCUAAUGGAUUUGAUAAUGACUUUGUACCCUCUAGUACACAAACUUUUACAAACAUGCCAUCAUAUACAACUUCAUCAAAUACUUUUGUCGCACAGCUUAAUGAAUUCGGUUUUAUUGAUCCAACUACAAUAAAGCAAUAUUCAUCGAGUCCGGUAAUCGAAACCACAGUUGAUCCAAAUAAUCCUGCUGUAGUAAAACUACGUAAUCAAACGCGACAACAAGAAGUCGAAGAUGCGGAAAAAUUGAGAUGUAAAGAUCAGGUUGAUCAAAAAUUAAUGCAAUGGAAAGGUGGAAAAGAAACAAAUCUUAGAGCAUUAAUUAGUAGUUUGGAUAUUGUACUUUGGGAAGGAUUAGGUUGGAAAUCUAUAGGUUUGCAUGAACUGGUAACCCCUGCGCAAGUCAAGGUUAAGUAUAUGAAAGCUAUUGGAAAGGUUCACCCAGAUAAGCUUAGUAGUUUUACUACAAUUGAACAAAAACUUUUGGCAAAUGGAGUGUUUUCAACUUUAAAUAAUGCAUGGGAUGUUUUUAAAACUCAAAAUAAUAUAUAA